GAGCGAGUUUCUUUUUGAAAGAUUCUUUCUGUGUAUAACACAAGAAAAAUAAAUAAUAAAAUAAAAGAAAAAACAAUUUAAAGCAAUUGAUCGUAAGACGGGGCGCUAAAUAUAUACACAUGUACGGGAACAAGUGAAAUUUUUUAAAUAUCGCAACAGUACGAUUACGUGUAGUGAAGUGUUGAUGCAUACGUGCAAUGUGUAUGGAUAUGUAAAAAUAUACAAACAAUUAGCAUCAAUUGAAAUGUAUUUGAAGCAUUUAUCACUUCCGAAUUAUUUUCAACCAACUCUCUAAUUAAUUUGUUGUCUUUUCGAACCGCGCUAAGUAUGUUACGUGAUAGACUUAAUAAAUGCUUUACUAAAGUAUUAAAAAACUUUGCGGUUGAAAGUGUUUUCGUAAUAAAUAAAAUAAACGGUUUUUCAGAAUUAUAUAAAAAGGCAUAAGCAUAAAUAUAUUUAAUGCAAAAUGGGCAGCUUAAACGGUGACGUAGUUGUCAUGCGUAAUGGACGUUCAACUAGUCACAUAUCGGUCUAUAACUAUCCAGAGCAUUUAAAUCCUUUUUACGAAGAGGAUCAACACAAGCGCCUUCGAUUCUGGAAAAUCAACAAGAGCAACAAUAAUAGGGAAAGACGUAGCAGUCUUUCCAUUGCUAAUCUAAAAGAAAUGUGGGCUUUCAAAUCGUUCCGCUCGAAAAAAAGAUCAUCUAUGUUAGGUAUUAAUAAGACAUCAGAGAGUCCGCCAGCAAUGCGACGAGGACUUCAAGGGAAUAACAACUGGAAUACGUUAGAUCAUCGCGUGCGUCACAGCACCAAUGCAUCGCCGUUAUAUAGUGAUAGCCUUCAGCGUGACAACGUUUACCGAAGUUCCUUACAAAACAUACCCGCGGGGAAUGUGAACGAUCGUAUUGGCUUUAAUCGUAAUGAUAAUUAUCGUAGCACAAUACAAUUUUCUGGCUCAAGUCAUCGUUAUCCAGAACAAAAUUUGCAAAUACAGCAAAAGCACAGAAGGUACGUUUAUCGUGGUUCUUUAACGCCACAACCACUACGUAGUAUAGAUACGAUGAAUGCAGAUUCAUAUGAAUAUAUCAACAUUAAUCUAACGAGGGGAUCAUCGCAAACAAGCAUGGCAAGCACAAACCCCUUCGAGACCGACAAUGAAGACAACGCCGAUGGCCUGAACGUUAGCGAAGUAACUAGUUUAUCGAGCACAAAACGAACACCUCGCAAAAAGCGACGAGCGCCAGCACCACCACCUCCAGUAAGUACUAUACGCAAUGAAACUUAUUAAUGUACUUUAAAACACUUUGUGCUAUGUUUUCAUUUUUUUUCUUCUCUUUGCUGUUGUCAGCGUCUCUUACGUAAAUAAUAUAAUUAUUGUAACGUGUAUUUAUUUAACGAUAAAUUUGAUAAGAUAUUCGCUAUUACACAUAAAAUGUUGAAAUAUUGAUAAGCAUUCCGAAACAUUGUGUAUGCACCGUAACAGUAUGCAGUUGUAACCGAUCGUGGUUUUCUCCGCCAUAAAAGUAAUUUAUAAAUAAUUUAAGAUCUUUUUCUAUACUUGGUAUUCAAUUUGUCAUACGUUUGUAACACGCACAACGGUUACCAGAAAGUAGUAGAACUAGCCUCUCUUCAAUUAUCGUUGUGCAUUAUGAAUCCCUUCUGCCCGGACAGGCUGUCAACAAGCGUUAAGAUGCCCCUAAUUCCUGGUUUGGCAUUCCUAUAAUAUGUCUUUUCGCCAAAAUAUUCGACCUUUACACUAAAUUUUGCUUCUGACUAUUCUGAAACCGCGAAUAUGGCUUUUAUUGACUACAAGAGAUACAGUCGACUAGGAGAAGUUCGUUUUUCUUCAUCAAAGUAAGCUAAGUGAGCUUAACUCAUUAACCACGGAAAACAUUGGCCUUUAGCUUGACGGAAACGUCAUGCCACCUUUCGAUCACAGCACUAAAUAAAGCGAAAAUUAGGAAAAAUUAGUUGGAAAUUCAGUUUUCUCCGAUAUGGUUUCGGUUAGAGAACUAUCACGAGGUUGCUUGCUUACGGAUCAAAUUCAAGUUCGGACCUCCAUAUAACUU